AUGUUCGUAUGCCUUUCUCAAACGCCAUCUCGAACCAAUAACCCUCUCGGUCCCGAGAACGGCGAGGGUCCUCCCGCACCUUCAAAAAACGCCACCUCCGACCUAAAAUCUCCCCACCCAUCCUCCACCCCACCGGCCGGAAUCAUGGAUCCCCUCUCCAUCUGCGCCAGCGUAGCUGGUCUCGCCACGCUCGUAGCGCAGACCAUCUCCCUAGCGCAAGAAUACGUCUCCUCCAUACGAGAAGCCUCGGCCUCCAUCGCGACCAUUGUCGAGGAGCUCACCAUGCUGAACCAGAGCCUCUCCGAACUAGACGCCUUUCUCCGCAGCAAGGGAACAACCGCCGAGUCGUCAGAGAGCGUCGUCUUCGGAGAGGAUUCGGUCCUGCGCGCGCACGUCGACAAGACCACGAUAGCUCUGCGCACCCUCUGCGAUGAUUUGGCGGCGACGAAGCUGACGGGCAUGUCCCGGCUUCUGUGGCCCUCCAAGGAGAAGAAGCACAAUAAGACGGUGGAGCAGCUCCGGGCGUUUCGGCAGACCAUUCAUUUUUCCGUCGAGGUUGGGAGCUUGACCCUGCUAUCGAGAACAUCGUCGGACGUGAAGCUCUUGCUCGAGUCUCAGCUGCAAGGCCUCACCAUCCUCGAUACGCUGGAGAGGGGCCAGCAAGGUAUAUCAGACUCGCUCAACGAUGUGCAGGAUACGCUGGGGUCGGCUGUGAGGCAGGAUAUUCUGAAUUGGAUCUCUCCUCCAUCCAAGGUCAUUGACCACCUCGUGCGCGACUCAGCCGGCGACACAGCCGUCGUUUGUUUCUACUAUUUCGACUACCUAAAUCCCGCCACCCAAGAGCCCCUCACCGUGGCCAGGAGCCUCCUUCGACAAGCUCUUCAACAGCUGAGGACCGUCCCCCGACAGAUCGAAGAGGCGUACGAGAAGAGUUCCGAGAUGCGUCUAUCCGACUUCGAGAUCCACCUCAGCGUGGCGGUCAGGUCCCUCGAAAAGGCCUACUUUAUCAUCGACGCGCUGGACGAGUGCACCGACCCCGCGACCCGCUCCUGGCUGGCGGCCUUGUUUGAUCGACUACGAAAGAGGCCCAAUUUCAGGGUAUUCAUAACGUGCAGAAAUGUUCAGCAGGAUCUAGACGGCGUAGCGGCAUCAAGGCACGCCGAGAUCCAGGCCACGGCACGCUCCGCGGAUCUGGAAAAAUACAUACGCUCGAGAAUCCAGUCCGCGCAAAUGAGCGACGAGCUGGACGAAGAACUAAAGGAUCGAAUCGUGGAAACCAUCAUUGAAAAGUGCAGCGAGCUCUUCCUCCUAGCGUCGCUGCACCUCGACACCAUUUUCAAAGAGACCACGAGCGGAGACAUCGAAGACGCCCUCGAAGACCUAACAAGCGAUCUCUCCACCGCCUUCGGCACCACAAUCUCGCGCAUCAACAGCCUCCCCGACUCGCAGCGGACAAUGGGCAUGAACGUCCUCCUCUGGAUCAGCCACGCCAAGCGCCCGCUCGCAGUAGCAGAGCUCAGCGAUGCCCUCUCCAUCAAAACAGGUAGCAAAGCCCCACGUCCGCGCCACAGACCCUCGGAGCGCGCGAUGCUGCGGUGCUGCUUCGGCCUCGCCUCCAAAAACGCCAAGACGGGCACCAUCGGCCCCGCCCACGGCGCCAUCCAGCGCUACCUCGUCGCCAACAGCGGCACCCUAUUCCCGGACGGCGCCGCGCGCGUGGCCAACGCGUGCCUGACGUACCUGCUCUACGACGAACCAGCCUGGGCGACCGCUACGCCCGACGCCGACGUGGAAAAGCGCGCCUGGGCGCUCCUCCUCUCGGAGACGGCCGGGCCCGUCGUCUCGCAGGUCAUCGGCUUCGACUGCGGGUACCGUGAGCGCUAUUGGACCCGGCGCGAGAGCUACUCCCACACGCCGCUGCACGUGGCCGCCAAGGCCGCGUUCCCGUCAGGCGUGCGCCGGCUGCUGGAAAGGAGCGUCGCGGACCUCGACGCCAAGACGACCAUUGGCACGACGCCCGUCGUGAAGACGAGCUGCGUUGAGUGCGCCAGGAUUCUGCUCGCCUACGGCGCCGACCCCACCGUGUCCAAUUGGUACGGUGACGCGCUACACUGCGCGGCCGAGAGCAACAAUGACGCCAUGAUCCGUAUCCUCGCGGUUGCGGGCCGCAUGGACCCCAACGUGUACAAGUCUAUGAAAGAUAGCCCCCUGUACUGCACGCUGGACCGUGAUUCGGUCGAGGCGUUUACCACGCUCAUCGAGCUGGGGGCGCGUUUGCCGCUUCGUGCCGCCGGCACGGAUGACGAGGAUUUCUUCAUCGCGGCGAUCGAGUACCACUGCCACCAGAUCCUCGACUAUAUGCUCCGGCGCGGGCUCGUCGACUUGGCUUCGCGCGGCAAGGAUGGUGUCACGUAUUUGCACUUUGCGGCGGGGAAUAGGAACCGAGUGGCUGUGGAGCGGCUCGUCGACGCUGGGGCGGAUAUCUACGCCGCUGAUGAUUGGGGGCGCACGCCUGCGGGUAUUCUGAGGGAGGCUGCGGUAGAGGUUCGCCAGGAUAGAAUCAAGCGGAGAAGCAGGAAGGACAAGCAGUAA